GUAACAGGUAGAGUGGGAGAGAGAGCAAGCGAAAACUAGAUGUGACUCACUGGGUGUCAGUUACAGAAGAUCGGGCACAUAUUGGAGCAGGUCCUUGUUGUGGUUAUCACACUGGUGACGGUUAUUUCUAUCUUUGGGGAUAUCAUCACCAGAUGGAUUUACAGACAAGUACUUUGCGAGCCCCGACGCUAAGCCUGCUUGGGGGGGAAACGGGGCGGCGAUGUGGCAAUGCCACCUCACCACACCAUCGCUAUUAUUGCGUUCGACCCUCGAAAACUCUCCUAUCGACACUCUUCUGGUGGCAUUGUCUUCGUCCCUCUCCCGAAUAUCUCGGACGGCGACAUUCGGUCCUGAGUAAAAGUGUCUGUACAACCUUCAUUUUGAGGCGCUCUCGGGGAUUAAAAGCCACAUACCGCCCUCAAAAAGUGAGUAAAUGGUCGGCAAGACGUGUGUGCAUUCCUCACAUCUGCAGGAGACUCAUCCCUGCUCUUGAACCGCAUCGAUCGUGGCAGACUACGGAUUACUUUACGAAUGGUCCCCGACAGCCUCCUCCUCCACCCCCCUCCCCUCCCCUCCCCAGUUUGGAUUUUCUCCGCCAAGUUACAUACCGAGGCUCGAGUCCAAGGGCUUCUUCCUAAUCCCUAUCUUAUAAAAAGUGGCUGGAAUGGAUCCGGUAACUGCAAGGUGCUCCAUUCAGAACUUACAUACUUGGCAGGUCUCAUGGUCAUACGUAGUAGACUGGUGCGUAAAUUUCGAGGUCAUUGGAGGAAAUAGUAUCCUAUGGAGUAGUAGCCGUGCGAUCACCAGUGACAUGACAACGCUAAAAGCAAAGAAACGUGAAAACAAAAAUAAAAUAGAAAAUCAUAAUGAAAGCAAAAAAAGAAGAAAGAAAAAGAAACGCACCAACUGAAACCCUCUCGUGGACCAUACUUGAGGUAUGGAAAGUAUACUUCAUACACUACUCCCAAGUCACCUAUCCAUCUAUGCAACUAAUUAGUUGCUAUUUCCGUAGGCGGUACCACCAUCAU